AAGAAUCCCCAUACCCAAUCCUCACCAACUUAUUACAUCACCCUUUUACUUUCAAUUCCCCCCUUUUCUCCCUCUAUCUGUUUCUCUCCACACUCUGAAAAACAGAAGCGUCGCAGUUACUAAUCAAUUCAGUAAACUCAUCUUUCCCAUUUCAUUUAACAUCUACCUGCUCUAAUCCAUUGACUUUCACUCUAUAAUUUCCCCCAAUUUCUUUCAUACAUCGCAAUUGUCAAUACCCAGAAAAACCCUCCACCAUUUUCUUCAAUUUUACCCAGAUUUCCCCCCUUUUUUUCUUCUUUUUGAGUCUGAAAUGAUGAUAAUGACAUCAUUUUAAGAUUUUUUUUUGUAAUACAAGUUUUACCCAUUUAUCUUCUUACAAUUUUAUUAUUCCCCAGAUUGAAUAUUUGGUCAAUUUCAUAAUUUUUUCUGGUAAAUCAAACAGGGUACAAGCAAAAAUGGAAAUGAAAUUCGAUAAUCUUGCGGAGAAGGAUAGAUUACAAGAAAAGAAUAAUUUCAAGUAUGAAAAUGGUGGUGAUAAAUCAGAUUGUUACAUCGUUGACUUGGAGAAUAUUUGUAAUGGUGGUGUUGACAAAUUAGAACAAUCUAUCAAUUCUUCAACAAUUACAACAAAUUCAAGAAUUACUUUUCAAAGAAGUCUUUCUAGAAAAGUCCCUCAUCUUCGUGGCGCCGAGAAGAAGAUUAAUGAUAGGGACAUCACUACCUUGGCUCCUUCCUCUUCCCCUAGAGCUGUUCAAGUUGUAAGCACGCCAGAAAAGUAUGUUUCUCCUCCUACCAUAUCAGUGGGAUCACAAGAUCACACCAUGAAUAACCAUCACCAGGUAUCACAGCAUCAAAUCACCAUUAAAACAGGAGGUAUCAACAGUAUAGCAGACGGUAGAUGGGGUAGGAGAUCCAGCUUCAAGCGUUCGUCUUACACUUGGUUUUCUGACCCUAAAAGAGUCCUUUUCUUCUUCGCCACCCUAUCAUGUAUGGGAACAAUGCUGCUCAUUUAUUUCACACUAUCUGUCAGCAAGGCUAAUAACAAAGAGAAUGCAUUGGAUUGGCAGUAAUGAUUCAACACAACACAAACACAAAAUGAAUGUUCUUAAAACAUCUUUGCUAAUAAAAGAUUUAGAGAAUGUACAGCCACCUUUUUGGUUAAGCAUAGGGUUGAGCAGCAGAUGGAAUGCUGGGAGCAAAAGCAUCAUAAUACAGCAAAGAAUAGCAGCACGAUAUGUUUUUGUGGUCCUUUUUUUUUUUUUUUUUUAUGUUAAUGGAAUGUAUAGAAUGAUUCUCCUUACAUACAAGAAUGAGAUGGAGAAUAUUGAGGAUACUUUUCAAACCUUUUACUGAUGUUAUCAGUUCCAUUAAUCUUCUUUUUUGUGCUUUUUGUUGUAUAAAAACGCAUGAUAUUGGCCUUUUGUAGUGAUUUAUGGGUUUCAUGUGAGGAUUUGAAGGGAAUAUUCCCUAUCUUGUGUCUAAUCUAAGUUAAGACAAGUGAAUCGAGUACCCUUUGUGUUUAGACAUAGUCAUCGACUCAGUAUUCCGCUUAAAAACAAGGCCUGAAUGGAAAAAAUAACAGACAAUCCAUAUAGUUUGUGUUUAGACAUAGCAAUUGCAAAUCAUACAAGUUAACUUGUUCUUCAUAUGAAUCGAAUCUAGGCUUAUACUUUGACAAAGUGGUAUGUCGAUAGAGUAUAGAAUAUAUUACCAGGAU